AUGUCCUUCCAAGCUUUUAAGAUCAACAAGAGCAAGGGGGCCAAGCGGGCAGGGUUCUCAAGCUCCUCUGACGUUGAGGACGAGGCUAUGCCGGGUCCCAGUGGCCGCCGCAGCAGCUUGACGGCAGCGCAAUUGCAGGAGGCCGGCAAUCAAGCGGCUGCUGCCGGCCAGUGGUCAAAGGCCAUGAGCUGCUGGGACGCUGCUUUGGGGGCCUUGCCAGCGGAGGCGCACAAGCUGCACGAAUCCAAGGCGCAGGUGUGGAUGGAGGUGGGGCAAGACUGGAAGGCGGUGCAGUGCGCUCAACGAGCGGUGGAGCUGGUGCCGGGCUGGGCUGAGGGGCACCUUACGUUAGCGCGGGCUCAGCUCAACCUGGGGGAACCCGAGCUGGCCCUGACGAGCUGCGAGCAAGCGCUGUCGCUGGCGCCAGGCCACCCAGAGGCGGCGGCGGAGGUCGCCAGCAUACGAGCGGUGGUGCUGCGGCGGCAGCAGAGCGGGCUGGCGGCAGGAGGGCAGCGAGUGCACGUCGUGCCAGCAGAUGCAGACGGCGGCACCUAG